AUGACGCCGGAGGGCAAGGACCGCAUCCUGUUACAUCGCUUUCCAGGGGGCGGCGGCUUGCUCACAUAUUGCAAGGAUGACGGCUGCUUCGUGCACACGUUGAAUACCGAGAGUGGCCUCAUACGCAAAAUCGAUGCUCUCCAGUUAUGUAUGCACGCUGCCGAUUUGCUUGUUGCAGAGCCGAUGGCUGCGAACGCUGCUGCCUUCUUCGGGUGUGUGGCUAUACUGCCUUUUCUUACCGAUUCUGAGAAGAAUGCGUCCACCUACGCGCUGAACCAAGCGUUGCGCAGCGCCGCCGGCAAACGGUGGCAAAGAGAUGUUGCGUGUCAAGCGCAUCCUUGCUAG